CUCCGCGCCGCACGUAGCGGGAGCCGGGAGCGACCUCCGCCCAGCAGGGGGCGCGCACGGUCUGCACCGCGCUUCUCCUUCCCUGUUGGCUCGCCUGACCCGCGCUGAGCCGCCGCCGAGGGGUUAGUCACCUGCUCCAAAGAGAAUCAGAACAAUGUCCUACGUGUUUGUAAACGACUCUUCCCAGACAAAUGUGCCACUGCUGCAAGCUUGCAUCGAUGGAGAUUUUAACUAUUCCAAACGACUGCUAGAGAGCGGUUUCGACCCCAAUAUUCGUGACAGCCGAGGCCGAACUGGCCUUCACCUUGCCGCAGCCAGAGGAAAUGUAGACAUCUGUCAACUCUUGCAUAAAUUUGGUGCUGACUUACUAGCCACCGACUACCAGGGUAACACAGCCCUUCACCUGUGUGGGCAUGUGGAUACCAUCCAGUUCCUAGUUUCUAAUGGACUUAAAAUUGAUAUUUGCAAUCACCAAGGUGCAACACCCCUUGUUCUUGCAAAACGAAGGGGAGUGAAUAAAGAUGUGAUUAGACUGCUGGAAUCUUUAGAGGAGCAAGAGGUGAAAGGAUUUAACAGAGGAGCUCACUCAAAGCUGGAAACAAUGCAAACUGCGGAAAGCGAAAGUGCGAUGGAAAGCCAUUCCCUCCUUAAUCCAAAUCUACAGCAAGGUGAAGGAGUUCUUUCCAGUUUCCGGACAACAUGGCAAGAGUUUGUGGAAGACCUGGGCUUCUGGAGGGUCCUGCUCCUCGUCAUUGUCAUUGCUCUUCUGUCGCUUGGCAUAGCGUACUAUGUUAGUGGGGUGCUUCCUUUUGUAGAAAACCAGCCUGAACUGGUGCACUGAAGCAAAUGUGCAGAAGUGCACCAUGGUUUUCCCUGUUCUAAUGUUAUUUUGAGCUGCUUGGAAUUAUUCCCUUGGUGCAGGCAGUGGCAGCUGUAGAUACUGUUUGCCUUUUGUACUUAUUAUUAACCCCUUUGAAAGAGGGAUUCAUUCAUUUAAACACUAAAUUCUAAAGCAUUCCUAAGCUACCUCUGACUUACCUUGACUUGCAGAUAAGAUGCGAAGAUAAUCCUCUCUGUUGAUAAAAUUAUGAUUAGAAAAGGCCUUUCCUAAUAAAUACUAAAUUCCUGGGUGUGAGAAGUAUAUCCUAGUACAGAACCAAAUUUGAUUUAUUUUCCCUAUGAAGAGUUAAAUCUAUUGUUGGAUUUUCUUGUGUGCUCCGGUUGAAACAAAAAUAUUAUUUUGGAAGUUCUCCUCAAGAAAUCUGGAUAAUAUAAUAAUGCGUACUGAUAUAUAGACAGUAAUAAGCUGCAACUUUGUAGUUCUUUUAAUGCCUCUCCAUAGUUUCAUAUCUGCUAGCUUAUGAAAAGAAUGAGUUUUUGUGUGUCUUUAAUGAGUAGAUCACUCCUUUAUUUAUUAGGUUAAUGUAAUGUUUCUUCUCUACAUGGAUUUAAUGUUGUUAAUACCUGCCUGAAGUAAAUCUUGUAGAAGAAAGCUGUUCGUUGUGCUUUGCAAGUAAAGUUGUUUCAGCCUUAGGCUGAAGAUUUUGCCUUUUUGUUGCAAUGUUACUAAGCAAGCCUUUCAUUGUGAGGGUGAUUUAAAAGUGAUUUAGGUGUUCUGCUCUGUAUAUAAUAAUUCUGUAAGGUCACUGUGAAACAUGUCAUGAAAGAUAGCUUCUUAUUCCUCCUACAGGGACAAGAGUGAACCAUGCAAUUAGUAUUGGUUUUGUGUUUGUGGAGAGGACUCGACUGCAUAGGAUUCCUUUCUAGAAUUGUUUUCCAUUUCAAUUGUUUUCAGACAACACUUACAGGCUUAUGGAUUAUUUUCUGAAUAUGCAGAAUAAAAGGAUUUUAAAUGUUACUAUUUAGGAACAUUGUAUGAAAUUAAAUGAAAUCUUGAUCCAUUCUGUACUUAGCUGUGACAUCCUUUGUUUGUAAAUAGCCUAGGGGUAUGAAUCAGUUACUCUUUUAUGAAAGCUAGAAAGGUACUAGGCAGUAAGUUGGAGGCUUUCAAAGACAGCAGAUUCUCUCCUCCCAUGCUGAUCCAACAGCUGACUCUCUUGCUUGCUAUUGCCUUGAAAAACCCACCCAAAAUAAAUUCUACAAACCUAAUGAAUCUUUGGUUUUUGACUUAGCUACUCCUGAAUCGUUGCUAAAUAACAUAUAACAGUUAAGAAAUUUUAAAUGACUAAGUAUUGGCAGAAGUAACCGACAUCUCUCUAUUCUGCUACCAUGUGUAUUUUUCUGUCUUGUUUAUGGGUUUGAGUAAAGAGGGUUAUUGUCUUUGUUUUGAUGUGUGACACAGGCUUCACUGAGCUGGGCUCCAUUCUAAAUUGCGUCUGAAUAAUCCUCGAUCUCAUUUGUUAAGUCAGAGGUUAACGAAACGAUACUUUUCGAGCAGCUGCAGUGCUGCAGGAAGGAAAGCCUCUGAGGAAGAAAACAACAAACCAAGCAAAAAAAGGCCCCAGCGCAUGCUCCUCUUCUGAUUAUUCCAAUUGUUAUAUGUCUGGUCAUGAACUGAGAAUUAUAAACUCAUAGAUACCUAAAUCACAUUCAGUUCUCUCAGUAAGUACAUUUCUGUUAAUAAUACUCUGUAUCUUGGAGAGUCAUGGCAUCUCUCAGUGUGUACUAUCUCCAUAAUUUGUAACUGUAUUCUUGUACGGGUGAAUGCCACAAAUAAAUAUAUGUAGUAAA